AUGGCGCGUUGUAUUCUCCUUUUCCUCUUGGCCUCUCUAGUGUGUAUCGCCAAAUCGCACGUUGUGGACAUUUCCCUCGACACCUUCCAGGGUGUGUCUUCUAGGGACUUUUUUGUGUUUAAAAUCCCCCUGAGAAUUUACAUUUCGGACGCAAACUUGACGAUUCUCGAGGUGGUUGACAGUUUUAGGACCCUCUGGAAAGCCGAGCAUGAGGGCUCCUACUGCAAGUACGUCUGGGUCUACUGGUCUCCUGACCGGCAGGCGCUCGUGGAACUGCUCGUCGUAGACGCAGAGUCAAAGAUGGAGAGGAUAUCGUACAAGAAAGAGAGAUUCAUUUGGGAGAGAAUCGAUAAUCACGCAUUCAAUGCAGCCUUUUAUCGGACGAAAUCAGAGUUUGAAUUGAUGGAAAGGAGUAUAAUGAGUAGUGGAAAAGCAUCAGAAGAAGGAAUCAGAGCUUCUGUGGGCUCUGCUGAUUCCACACCUGGUCCCGAUUGCCAUAAUGGCAACGAGUCCAAAGCCGUAGUAGACGGAGAAGGAGGUGAAAAGAAUGUACAAGACCCUGCAAGUGGCCAGAUUGUUGAAUUUGUAAGGCCAGAAAAACCUCCAAAGUUUUUUGCAAUCGAUUUUGAUGAAACGUUUUACAUUCAUGAUAAAGAGGCCUUUGAAAAGAACAUCAAGGCCUUUUCCAAAGUUAGACAAAUGGGUUACAUCCCAUUUAUUUGUACAGCACGUCCAUUCGAGACGGUCAUGCGUACGCUUGGGGAGGAUUUCGUGACCAAGACUGGUUAUGACGGUUAUCCUGGCAUAUAUCUCAGCGGGUCAGUCGUUUACGAUGUUGAUGGAUCGGUUCUUCACGUCUCCAAGUUUUCGAGGGAGUUUUUGGCUGCAUUCUUGGACUACAUUGAGAAGGAGGACCUCAAGGACCAGUGCAUCUUCUACGAUACUCGCAAGAACUAUGCUCUGGUAGAUCCAAAGGAGGUAGUUUCUCGCGUCCUGGUCAUUGACGACAUUCCGUACCCCAAAAUUGCGACUCCCGAGGAAAUCCUCGAGAUGGAGAUCAUCUCCAUCGUGACAACGAACGCGGACAUGGAUAUUCCAAUGGUAACUCGAGGCAUCGACUUCUCUAGUCGCUGUAUGGGCAGCAAUUACCUGGCAGAGAUCUGUCCCAUAACCAUCACCAAAGUAGACGCCCUAAAGAUUUUGAUGGAGCGCCACGGCGAGAGGGCCUCAGCUUUUGGGUUCAUUGGAGACGGACUGAACGAUAUGGAGUCCAUGGGCCUCUCGGAAAUCUCCUUUGCGGUAGCCAACGCGUCUCCAGAGGUCAAAAGGCAUGCAAAAUGGGUUCUUCCGCACUCGUACCUGAUGUCAGCCUUUGCAACAGCAAUGGAACUGGUCUAUAACAUUUAG